AUGCUGGGCCUGCAGCUGCAGAAAAAGCGCUGGGCCGGGCCGAGAAAGGAGGACACUCCUGCGGUUCCCGAAGGGCCUGAGCCAGGUUUGGGUCAGGAUUUCGGCUACCACCUCCUGGAUACCGAGGUGAAUGGUGCAACCGUGCGCAUGGUCAAGAUCCAGUGUCCCGGCGUGGAGCACGAGGAUGUCAGCGUGGACCUCCUCUUCAACGGAUGUCAGGUGCGACUAUCCCGCCGCGCUGCCUGCGGCGUUGCAGCGGCAGCCUGGGCGAAGCGUUUCGAGUUUCCUACACACGAGGGGAUCUUCGAGUUCUGGGAGGAUCAGAUGCGUCUGGAGCAUGGUUUCCUCCACCUUAUCUUCCGCAUGCGUCCGUUCCACAGCCGGCGCGUUCGCUUUCCACGGCAUUACACGCUGACCGCAACAGACACGGACGACUGGUGGGACUACCCAGGCGCUGCAGUUCCAGCUGGCAAGGAAGCCGCCAACCUGGCAGAUUCUCAUGUGCAGGACCCGCGCAAGGUGACUCCGGCCUAG